UGUGGCGGCUGGACCUGGGGGGAGGGGGCCAGGAAACCCCUUACCCGGCCCUGCUGACUCAGCUCCCCUAUCUCCCCUAGCAGCCUCCCCGGCCGGCUCUCGGGGCCCCCAGGCUCUCCAGGGACCCCCGGCCCCCGCCCGCACAUUUCCCAGGGGCCCUUGAGCUGAGAUGCCUGCUCCCUCUCGCCUCGGGGCCUGGGACCCUCACUCAUUUAGCGAAUAGCCGUCCGGGGCCAGAAUCCAUCGCCGGCCCCGCUGGGCGUCCCCUGAGCACAGGGAGCUCAUUACCUGGCAGGAGCCCGUUCCACUGGGGGAUAAUCACUUGGUACCUUUCCCUGACCUGAGCGGAUCCUGCCCCGCCCAUCACUUCCCUCGCUGCUGCCCCUGACUCCUGGGGCCCAGCAGAGCAAGCCCGGUCUGAAGGGCUCCCCGGUGCCCCCGGCCCAACACCCCCCCUGCUUCCUCAAAGGACGAAGAAGGGCUUCUGGGUCCUGGGGUGUGAGGGCUUUCUCCCACGGGACGGCCCUGCCGGGGCCAGUCCUGCGGUCCGCAGUCUUCCCAUUUCUCAGAUGCCUCAGGGAGGCAGAGCUGCAGGACAUGACAUUCGGCCAGAAAGGGGAGGACCCGGCCCACCCCGGGCCUCCGGCCCCCCCCCCAGUCCAUGCUGUCCCCAUGACACCCUCGAGCCCCAACCCGGUCCCGGCUGCUUCCUCCAUGGGGAAGCUCUGACUGUGCUUUCCUAUGGUGCUCCCUGAGAGCUUAGCUGGGGGGCCUCGGGGUGCAUCUCCCUGGAGUCCCCCUUUUAGAGAGGUGGAAACUGAGGCUCGGGGAGCUCAAGCUCAGGGCCACGUAGAGCAGCUCUCAGCCUCCUAGGUGAGAACUGGAAGGAACUCGACCCCCUCCCACUCAGGGGGGAAACUGAGGUCCAGAGAGGUCACCUUGGGUCAUAGAUUUAGAAGGGGAAGAAUCCUCAGAGACCAUUUCUUCUAAUGUGGGAAACUGAGGCCCAGAGUGGCAGGUCCAGCUUUUGUACCUUCCCCCUAAGUUUCCAUUGAACUUGCAUUCAUUGAGACCCCCGGAUCUUUUUCACAAAUUGGCUCUGGGCUUCCGUUGAGCCUCAGUUUCCCAGUUCUGGCUUGCCUCUUCCUCUCCUCCCCCCAAGCCCCAAGGGCUGCCCCCUCUUUCCUGUGGGCCGGUGGGAGGGGCGGGCCCGGCCUUAUCUGGAACUUCCUUACUGGGGCCGGCCCCGGAGGCCUCAGUGGGGGAGGCCAGCCUGCCCAAGCCCCGUCAUCUUCCAUCUCUGCCCUGCCAGCCAAGGCCAUGGGCUCUGGGCUGCUGCUGGUGCCCCUGGCCGCGGGCCUCCUGCUGCUGGCCGGGGCGCCCCGGGUCCCGGCGUGCCCCGCGCGCUGCCGCUGCGCCGGGGGCCUGGUGGACUGCGGGGGGCUGCAGCUGACGGCGGCCGGGCUGCCCAGGGCCUUCCCGCCGGGCACCACGGAGAUCACGCUCCAGGGCAACAACCUGAGCAGCCUGCCCGCGGGGCUCUUCGACGGGCUGCCGGGCCUGCGCCGGGCGCACCUGGCCGCCAACCCGUGGCGCUGCGACUGCGAGCUGCUCUACCUGCGCGCCUGGCUCGGGGCGCAGCAGGACCGCCGGCCCUACCUGGACCUGCGCUGCGCGGGGCCCCCGCCCCUCCGGGACCGGCUGCUGCUCUACCUGGGCCCCGAGGAGCUGCGUGCGGCCUGCGGCUGGGGGGGCUGCAGCCAGGCGCUGGGUGUGCAGCUGGCCCUCCUCGGGCUGCUGCUGCUGCACGCGCUGCUGCUGCUGCUGCUGCUGCGCCGGCUCUGGCGCUACCGGGCGCUGGCCAGGGAGGCCCAGCUCCGGGGUGGGGCUGCUGGACCCCCGGCCCCGGGACCCCACCCAAAGGGGGAGGGCCGGGCCCCAGCCGUGUCCCGGCCCCGGCCCAGCCCCCUGACCCGGCCGGGCCCCUUCAGGCCCCCCGCCCAGUGCCCCGGCCCAGCCCCUGACUAG